AUGAACUCAAGGCUAAUACUAAGACGAUCUUUUAACAUAUCCGCAACGCUAAGUCAAUCAUCAUGUAAAGCAGGAACACCAUUAAACUUAAAAAUAUUCAAAAAAGGUGAUGAACCGGUUGCAUUAGAAGAUAAAGAAUAUCCAGAAUGGCUAUGGACAAUGAUUGAUCCAAAAGUCAAUCUAGAGAAUAUUAAAAAUGAGGAUUUUUUAAGGUGGAGGAGAAUAAAGCUACAGAAGGAGAAUAAUAAAGUUAUAAGGAACAAUAAUUUCUUAUCAAAAAUGUAA